AUGCUAGACGAACAAGAUGCUGCUCCCUCUAAGUCGCCUGCGACGCCUGUCUAUGACAGUGGCUCCGAGAAGUCUUCCUCGGAGUUCAUUCCCGCCAGUGCAACCAACGGCGGUCGUGAAAUCUCAAGAAAGGUGUUGUACGUGGGCGGUUUGCAUAAGUCUGUGUCUGAAGAAGGUAUAAUCGACCUCUUCUCCCCGUGUGGCCAGGUGCACUCGGUGAAGAUUCUCAACGACAAAAAUAAGCCGGGCUUCAACUAUGCGUUCGUCGAGUUUAAGAACGAGCCUGACGCAGAAACUGCUUUGCAGAAGCUCAACGGUGUUUCGCUUAACGAAUCCGAGUUGAAGAUCAACUACGCUUAUCAGUCCGCCACAUUCAACACGUCGCAAAACUCUGAAGAACCAACAUUUAAUAUUUUCGUCGGCGAUUUGUCACCCGAGGUUGACGACGAAGCAUUACACAAUUUCUUUGCCGUCUAUUCCACCUUGAAGCAGGCCCAUGUCAUGUGGGACAUGCAAACCUCUCGGUCGAGAGGCUAUGGAUUUGUUACGUUUGGUUCCUCUGCAGAUGCCGAGAUGGCGUUGCAAACCAUGAACGGGAAAAUCCUCAAUGGCAGGGCCAUCAGGUGUAAUUGGGCCUCGCACAAGCAGGCCAACACGCGAAACAAUGGUAUGCGGCAGAAUAACCAGCGUGGGUAUCGGUCACAGUAUCCCAGAGGAUAUAAUGACGGAAACAUGGGUAUGAAUAUGGGCAUGUCCAUGGGUAUGAACACGCCUCGCACUGAACCACCAGUGUUUGUUCCUGAGGAUUCCCACUACUCCCUUCCUCAAAGACCUCCAGUGGAGGGCCAACAACCCAUGUUGCCUAAUGUCAUCCCUACCAAUGGUCCCGUCAUCACUCCCCAGUCAUAUGAUAUUGUCUUGAGACAGACUCCAUCGUGGCAAACCACGGUGUACUUGGGCAAUAUAGCCCAUUUCACUCAGCAAAAUGAUCUUAUUCCAUUGUUGCAAAACUUCGGUUUCAUUGUUGAUUUCAAGUUCCAUCCCGAAAAGGGCUGUGCGUUCGUCAAAUACGACACACACGAACGUGCUGCGUUAGCAAUUGUGCAAUUGGCUGGCUUUGGUGUCAAUGGAAGACCGCUCAAAUGUGGUUGGGGCAAAAGUCGACCACCAAUGGGUGUUCCAUACCAAAACUUUCCCAUCAACGGCCCCAUGCCCAUGUAUCCUAGAAAGCAAUAA